AGGAGAGAAAAGUGAUGAUGGGCAAGAGAAUCUAAUCGGCCCUGACAACAUCUUGCUUUCGUGAUCAACGACCAUCUACCAUUACCCCUCAUUCGUCAUCGUCACGCUUUUUAAAGCUUUUCGGCAAUUUAUGGUCGAUCACCUCAAAUUACAAAGUCACGAAUUUGAAUCCGGCAGGACCGGAUAUUAGAGCAUACAACACUGAUACCUCUCAGUUUGCAAGGCAAUUCACGUUCUCAUUGCCAUAACAUUUCUUAAGCAAGUGCUCUGAUAGAGAUAUCUGAUCAAUACCGCACUACCUUUUCGAAAGCCUCGGGGUUUUAAACGACUGACACACAGCGGACGCCGCCGCAUAAGACAACACAUUCAAGUACUUUAAACAAAAGCCAGCACUACAUUCUCUCAUCGAUACCUCUUUCUCAUCAUAUCAGCAUCACAGCAUCCCAACAAUGGUUUUCGGCAGCUCUAGCGGCGUACGAGCUCCACAAAUGGACGAGAAUGGUCACUUCUACGAUCCAAACAUCACAUCCCCUUACGACGUAGGACCAUCGAAUCGUGCAUACAUUUCUGAUCCCACUCAUCCAGAAUAUGAUCCCGCGAUCGACCCGAAUCUUCAAUUGCGUACCGUUCGCACUGCUGCCGAAAGUAUAGCAGAAAGUCAUCGAAGUGAAGCAAGAAGAGAAGCAAGACAGAGAGCUAAAAGAAGCGGAAGUAUUCUAAACCGCAUAGGCAGAGGUCGAACAUUAUUACGCAAAGAUCGAAAAGCGCCACAUACACCUGGAAUCGCCGACUUGGUGCAAGGAGAGCUGAGUAGGCUUCGACAAGGCUACUCAGAAGGAACUGGAGCAAAAGGUACGGGAGCUGAAGGGGUGGGAGUUCCGUUCGAUUCGGCGCAACAAGAUGAAACACCUGAUUACCCUACACAGGAUACACUUGAAGCAGCAGAAGACGAAGCACAAAAAGAAGCAACAACUGCAGCUCCCGACGCUACACUUCGAAAAAAGAAAAAGAAGCCUGCCAAGAGAAGAAACGUCUACCUCAACAUUCCGCCUACAUCGCCCAACGAAGUCACAAAGAAUGGUCAACCUAUCGCUCGUUAUCCGCGCAAUAAAGUACGAACGAGCAAGUAUACAAUUGUCACGUUUUUACCCCGAUUCUUAUCUGAGCAAUUCAGACGAAUGGCGAACGUGUAUUUCUUGGGUCUAGUUGCUUUACAAGCCUCAAGCAAAUUUGGAGCAACUCUUCCACAGAUUGCCAUGCUUCCUUUGGUCGCCAUUUUGACAAUCACAGCCAUCAAAGACGGUCUCGAAGAUUAUCGAAGACACAUGUUGGAUAAUGAGGUGAACAAUUCCGCCGUUACUAAACUUGGAAAUUGGCGUAAUGUCAAUCAAAGAACUGAUCCAAGAAAUUGGUUUGAAAAAUUGAUAGGGUUAAAGAAUCCCAACAAGAUCUCAAAAGGUGUUCGCAAAUUACGUGAAAAAGAAGAUGCGAUCGGUCUACGGGUUGUAGGAGCUCAAGCGCAAAGAGACGUAGAGCAAGGUCAGUCUGGUGAUUUAUCAUAUGCAGGAGGACCACUCGCACGAGUAAAUACGACAAGGUCAGGUCGCAGCGAUAGUGUUACCAGUGGAUAUACCAACAACCUUGACACAAUUGCAUCGGAAAGCGAACGAGGCGGAAGCAUCAUGAAACCGUCUUUGAAUCGCAGCACCAGUACAAAUGUGCUGAUGGCAAGCUCAACGGAUUUCGGUGAACCAUCUAGGAUGAGUCUACCGGAAGCAAAUGGUGUAGUUGACUACCAUCGUCAAACACCGGGAACGGCUCGCUGGGAGAGAACGUUGUGGAAAAAGUUGGAAGUGGGAGAUGUGGUUCUGUUGCGUGAGAAUGAACAGGUGCCUGCCGAUAUCGUCCUCCUCAACUCAUCUGAUCCUGACGGAAAUGCAUUUGUUGAAACAAAGAAUUUGGACGGAGAAACAAACUUGAAAGUACGCAAAUGCCUAAAAGCAAGCGCAGGAAUUCAAACGGAAGAAGACAUUGAACAUGCCCGAUUCGUAAUCGAUAGCGAGCCACCUCAUGCAAAUUUGUACGCUUACAAUGGUCUUUUGAAGUACAGCAAGCCUUUACCGAAAGGAUACGAUACCGACGUUCCGAUGGAUAGCAGCGCACAUGCUGCUCAGCAAGCUGCAUCUCGUGCAGUUGAGCCCAUCACUGCAAACGAAUUGCUCUUGCGUGGUUGUAUCAUGCGAAACACAGAUUGGGUAAUUGGUAUCGUCGUCUUUACAGGAAAAGAUACAAAGAUCAUGCUCAACGGUGGUGAUACACCUUCCAAACGAUCCAAGAUUGAAAAAGAAACAAAUGUGAAUGUUAUCGUGAACUUUGUCAUCUUGUUGGUCAUGUGCGUCACAUGUGCUGUGGUUGGAGGUGUUAUUCUCAAUUGGACAGAUACAAGCAGAGACUUCUAUGAAAUUGGUGCAACCGAUAGUACAAGCAAUAUCGCCAAUGCAUUCUACAUCUUUGGAACAUGUUUGGUCUUGUAUCAAAACAUUGUGCCCAUUUCACUCUAUAUCAGUAUCGAAUUGACAAAGACGAUUGCGGCAUUUUUCAUUUACACGGACAUUGACAUGUACUAUGAACCUCUUGAUCAUCCUUGUGUUCCAAAGACAUGGGGUAUUGUGGACGAUCUAGGUCAAAUCGAGUACGUCUUCUCUGAUAAGACAGGUACGCUCACCCAAAACGUGAUGGAAUUCAAGAAAUGUUCAGUCAACGGUAUACAAUAUGGUGAAGGUGUCACAGAAGCAAUGAUCGGUGCAAUGAAACGAGAAGGCAAAGAUAUCUCUGGUUUUAAUGCCGAUACACAAGCUGCAAAGAUGGAAGUGCUCAAAGAAGAGAUGGUGACAAAGAUGAACAAGACGUUCAAAAAUCGCUAUCUACGAAAAGACAAAGUCACUUUGAUCUCACCCGAAUUGGCAGAUACUCUUGGUUCAGCUACUGAGCAGAGACGCAAUGUGACCAACUUUUUCCGUGCAUUAGCGCUUUGUCAUACAGCUUUGGCUGAUCGUGCAGAUCCAAACGAUCCUUUCACCAUCGAAUAUAAAGCACAAAGUCCUGAUGAAGCAGCUUUGGUGGCUGCUGCUCGUGAUGUUGGUGCAGUGUUCUUGAACAAGAACAACCAUACAAUCGAUUUGGAGGUAUGCGGAGCACCUGAGCGUUUGACACCUUUACGUGUCCUGGAAUUCAACAGUACACGAAAGCGAAUGAGCGUAAUCAUUCGUGAAGCAGACGGAAGGCUUUUGAUGAUCUGCAAAGGUGCAGAUUCUGUUAUUUACCAACGAUUACGUCCCGAUCAUCCGGCCGAGCUUAAAGCCAAAACGCAAUCAGAUUUGGAAGACUUUGCUAAUGCAGGUUUGCGAACGCUGUGUAUUGCAUACCGCUACCUAGAGGAAGGCGAGUACCUCGAAUGGGCAAAAUUGCACGAUGAAGCUUCUGCAAGUUUGACCGAUCGUGACGAAGCUGUGGAUGAAGUCAAUGAAAAGAUUGAAGUCAACCUGACAUUGAUUGGUGCAACCGCUUUGGAAGAUAAGCUACAAGUAGGAGUACCCGAAGCAAUCGAGAAAUUACAUCAAGCUGGUAUUAAAUUGUGGAUCUUGACGGGUGACAAACUUCAAACUGCUAUUGAAAUUGGUUUCAGUUGUAAUCUCUUGUCUUCUGAUAUGGAAAUCAUGAUCAUCUCUGCUGAUCAUGAACAAGGUGCUCGUGCGCAAUUGGAAGCUGCCUGUAACAAAAUUGCCGCUUCUGGUAGACCAAUUGUCGUUCGACCCAAGAAGAAAGGUGUCAUGCGUAAACGACAAGGCGAAAAACAACGCUUUGAUGGAUCGAAUGGAGAAGCGUCAGAUAAGUCCGCUUUUGCCGUCGUCGUUGAUGGUGAAACUCUCAAAUUCUGUCUCGAUAAAAGUCUCAAGCCGCUCUUCUUGGCUCUCACAACACAAUGCGAGACUGUCGUUUGCUGUCGUGUAAGUCCUGCACAAAAAGCGUUGACUGUGCGAUUGGUGAAAGACGGUAUUGACGCAAUGACGUUGUCAAUCGGUGAUGGUGCAAAUGACGUUAGUAUGAUUCAAGAGGCCCAUGUUGGUGUGGGUAUUGCAGGACUGGAAGGUGCACAAGCUUCUAUGAGCGCAGAUUAUGCUAUUGGUCAAUUCCGUUAUCUCGCAAAGCUGCUCUUGGUUCACGGUCAUUGGAACGCAUACCGAAUCGGUGUGUUGCAUGAAGUUUUCUUCUACAAGAAUUUGAUCUGGACAUUCUCGCUAUUAUUAUACCAAAUCUUCUGUGAGGCUAAUGCAACGUACUUAUUCGAUUACAGUCUCGUUUUGCUUUACAAUCUCGUUUUCACCAGUUUACCAGUCAUUAUGUUGGGUGCUUUGGAUCAAGAUCUUCGUGCUCCCGCUUUGAUGACAUUCCCUCAAACGUAUGCUCCUGGACGAGAAGGAAAGCUAUAUACCCGCUCGCAAUUCUGGUUGGCUUGCCUCGAUGGUGUCUAUCAAAGUAUUGUAUGUUUUGGUAUCUCAGCGGCUGCGUGGUACUUCUUCCCAAUCGUCAAUUCGGAUGGAAUAAGUCUUGACCCGCUCACUGCUUUAGGAUCAACGGUUGGUGCAUGCGCAGUAGUGUGUGCUAAUUUGUACUGCGGUAUGAUGGUGCAAAAUUGGUCGGCCAUUAUCUGGAUCGUGAUCAUUCUCAGCAAUCUGUCAUACUUCAUUUGGAUUUUGCUCUACAGUGCACCUGUUUGGGGUUCAAUGUUUUCCGGCACAGCGUUUGUGAUUAUGGGCACAAUCCAAUUCUGGGCUACUUUGCUACUUUGUGUGGUAGCAUCUUUGUUGCCUAGAUUCACAUUCCGUGCUUGGAAGAGCUCCUUCCAGCCGACGUAUGUCGAUCUCGUACGACAAGCCUGGGUCAAUGGCGAUUUGAAAGGACGUCUAGGUCUCAGGUCAGGUCGAUUGGAUAGUGAAAAAGCAGCAAGUCUCAUGGAGUCAGGACAAAAAGUACAACUGUAUCACGAUGAAAGCACGUAUGACUUGACGCCAAAUUCUCAUGACCCCGCAGUUUUGCAUUAUUCCCAAUCUGGAGCAGGAGGUGAGAAUACAAACGAUUCGUACGGUAAUCCUCAGAAAUCAAAUGAUGGAUACGGCAAGAAAUUAAGUGUUGAUGAAUAUGCCAAACAAGGCAAUCCCCAGCGCAAUAGUUUGAACGUGUCUGGAGAAAGUGCCAUGCCAAGAGCGACAUCAUCAUUCAGCUUCUAUGAUCCUGAUCGAUUGCCAACUUCCUACACUCCUGAACCUGGUAUGAGUAGAACUCCUAUGGGUACUCAUCGGGAAGACGAGGAUUUGGAAGACUAUGAACAAAAUGAAUAUGGAGUACAUAGCUCAAAUGGACUUCCGACGCCAGAGAUUUACGUUCAAAGAGCAUCAAUGAGCAGCACGCGCAAAUCAAAGACGAGUCCUUAUCGUGCAGACUUUGAUGAUGAUGUAAUUAAUAGCCGAACAGCUUUAGCAGCUGCCAGCAGCGUUGAUUCAUUCGAACAACAAUUCCGAACAGCAUUUAGACCGGGUGAAGAGCAACGACAACAACAUCAACCAUCACCUUUACAUGAAGAAAUUGCAGAUGAACAAGACAGAGAGGUAACAAUGUCUCCUCUCCAAAGAUUCCAUAACCGAUUCCAACAAAAUCAAGCAAUGACUCCCUCGAACAGUUUCCCAUCUGUAGACUCGCAUGACAGCAUGGAUGCCUUGCGUGCGCCUAUGAGGCCGUUUGCAGGUAGACAACAACAAGCUUCUUCCGCUUCAGCUGCUGACAGUGAAGCAGACGGAUUCCAUACACCUCAAGGCAUUCAUAGUCCUCAGCCAAGUGGAGCUGAUGGACAUCAAUCGUAUUAGUGUUCCAUUUCCACUUCGACUUCUAUCAGCACGAACAAUUUUUUGGGUUCCAAGAUUAUCAUUCCCAACCAUCAUUUUCCCUUUCUCCUACACUUUCUGAUUCUGCGCUCAUUCAUGCACUGCAUUCCUUUUUAUGUUUAUUACUGGUUUUCUGAAGACAAUGAUCAUUAUGUGACUUUAA